UAAAGCUAGGUUUGCCAGUUUGAAGAGCCAAACACGGGCUUGGUAAAAACCCUUCUUCUCUUUUUUAUCGUGCUCUCUCUGUUUCUGGAGACUGUAACUUCAAUGGCGGUUUCUUCUAGAAAAUCGAGCGGGCCUGCUAUGAGGUCUCUCUCACCGUCUGGGAGAUUCUGUGGCUUCUAUUCUUCUUCUUCUUCUUCUUCUUCUUCGUCUUCUUCCUCAUCGGCGUUUGCGUCCUCCACAUCAAGCUUUUCCACUGAAAACCCUACUUCCUUUUUCCGUAGAUCUCUGUCUCCGUCUCGUGUUCAUCUACAAGGUUCUUCUUCUACGUCGGCGUCGUCCGUGAGAUUUGCACUGGACCGGUCUAUUUCUCCGAAUCGGCAUAUCUCUGUUUUGACUCGUGGCAGUGGGAAUCAAGUAGUGAAGAGGCAGAGCAACCAGAAGAGGACCUGCUUGUGCUCGCCGACCACGCAUCCUGGUUCGUUUCGGUGUAGUCUCCAUAAAGGUGUUCCGUCGCAGCCUACGACUCCUUACUCGUCUAAUCGGCUCAACGCGCGGAGAUCGGCGAUGACGAACUCUUUGGUUAGAAUCGGAGGAGUUGAAGGCGAUUUAGUGAGGCGGGCCCUGGCGUCUCUCAUCCGACCUUCGUCUCACAGUCAAAGGCGUCGAGCGGAUUUCUGUCCGCGACCGAGCCGGCUUUCAAUCAUGUCGAAAGCCGAUGAUCUGUGAUGGAAAAUUGGGGCUUCUAAUUCGAAAAGGAAUGAUUCAAAAUUAUUUGCGCCUGCUAAUCGCUGAAAUCAGUUCAUCGUUAUCCAUAUUCCAUACGAUUCAAAUUGUUUCCAGAACACCUGUGUUUGUUAUUUUGUUCGACGUACACGUCUCCUUCCUUCUGCUGUCGCCUCCAUUCAUGGUGGCCGUGAAAUUGAAGCCGGUAAUGUGCGCACUCAUGCUUGCCGUACUCCGUUUUUUCAAUGGGAUGAUUUCUUUAAGGUGAUUCAAUCUCCAUCUUUCUUCUUCCUAUUUCCCUUGGUUCUCUGAGUUAGAUGUUUGUAAUUUCUGUUUGUUCUGUUUACAGAUGCAUUUGAAGGUUGAAUCCUAAGAGCUCUGAUUUUGAACUGUGAAUUUUGCGAUCUGAAAGUAAAUUUAGGAGGAGAUGAUUCAAAUUUGGAUGAAGUUAUGAACUAAGACAGACGAUGGAAUUCUUGAUAGCAACUGAACAAUUAUAAUUGGAAUUAAUUGGAAACAAAUCCUGGAAUGCAAAAAGGUCAGUAAAUAACAUCAGAGUUGAGAUGAUGUUAGAAUGGAAUAGAAUAGAAUCGAAUGAAACAC